GAAGCCGGUACUGGGAGGCGGGACAUGAGUUGGUUUGCCGCUGUGGUUUUCUUCAAGAUGGCGGGGCUGCAAGUAAGGCAGUAUGGCGGCGCGUCAAGAAUUAAAAUAAUUUAGAAAGGUAGUUAGGUGCCCAGAAGGAGACAGCCGUGUCAUUUUUAUCGCUCCCAGAAGAUACCAGUGGAGGAUGAUCAGUGCCUAGAUCCCCUAUUAAGCUGAAUGCAUUGUGAUUUCCAAUAAUUGAGACAGUGAUUCUGAAAGCUGUCUACAUUAAUGAAAAGAACAAUGUAGUCAGCUUAGCAUUUUCACCUCUGGUACGUGGUCUAUACAGGGAUGUGCUUCUGCAUGCGUUCUGUGUUUAGAUAAGAAGAAAAGUCUCAACAGGUCAGAUUUUAGAGUAAAUUAUCAGUCUGUAUAAGUUGUAGUUUAUAAUACAUAGGAAAUGGAGAUAGAUGAUGUUCUACCCCCUCUCCCCUUGGAGCCCCCUGAUGAUUUUGGCCAAGAUGAAGGCAGAGCACCUCCACCACCUCCCCUGCAAACGUCCAGUGACGCAGAGGUAAUGGACGUUAGCUCUGGUGGUGAUGGAUACACAUACACCCCAGGGGAUGGGGAUGCCCAGCCACAGCCGCCCCUCAGCAUGGGCUCAGUAACUUUCUGUAGCCACCUCUCAGACGAGGCCAAUCCCAACCCACCGUGCCCCAGAACGGCCCGCCACGCUCCCCCUGUCACCAAGUUUCUCCCAGACCUCAAGCUGCUCAGAGAUGUUAAGAUCCGUGUUAGCUUUACUGAAAGCAGCAGCAGCAGUAGCAAGGACAGGAAGGUUUUGUACACUGGUGAAGGGCAGGAGAGAGGAAGUGAUGAUGGCUUAGACAGCCUGAAUGGUGAGUUGCAUGACUCAACUAGUGAGCAGGAGCUAGGUGAGGGUAGUUCUGGAGGAAACAUAGCGGGCAGAACAUCAGAAGAGGCAGAGGUAGACCUGGAAAAUAAGGUAGAGUUCGCUGUCCUGGAUGAGUUGGAGGACUACUACGACAACUUCAUGGAUCAUGAUGAUGGGGAGCAUGGUGGCUUUAAAUCUGAGGUCAUAGCUCAGCAGGAGCAAGCAGAUGACGAGGCCGUGGCUGACCCCUAUGAGGAGGAGUUCGAUAAUGAUGUUGAUGCUCUGCUGGAGGAGGGAAUGCCAGUCCCCAAAAAGAUGCGUCCAGCUGAAGACAAAUAUGCCGGGGACAGUGAUCAUCCAUCAGAUGGUGAAGAAGGCGUUCAGCCCAUGAUGACCAAAAUAAAGACAGUCUUGAAGAGUCGAGGGCGUCCUCCCACCGAGCCUCUACCUGAUGGAUGGAUCAUGACAUUCCAUAACUCAGGCAUUCCAGUCUACCUGCACAGAGAGACCAGGGUGGUGACCUGGUCCAGACCCUACUUCCUCGGGACUGGCAGUAUUAGGAAACAUGACCCUCCUACCAGCAGCAUCCCUUGCCUACACUACAAGAAAAUGAAGGAAACCGAGGAAAGGGAGCUCAAUGGGGAAGUGGCUUUUAAUGCACACGAGUCUCCAGUCAAGCCCAGUGAGGAGGUCAAUGGUGAAGAGGGAGCUGGCAAGUCAGGGGCUUUAGCUGUGGAGCAGGACCAGAUCCCUCCCCCCAGUCUGAUUGAUGGUGGCCCAGAUGAAAAGGGUACCACUAAUAACAGCCUGCCAGGUACAGAGCCCCAUUCCUUUGAUACUGCCCAAGGAGCCUUAGGACAAGUGAAGGCCAAGGUGGAGGUGUGUAAGGACGAGUCCAUAGAGCUUGAAGACUUUCGCAUGUACCUUGAAAAAUGCUUUGACUUUGAACAAGUCACUGUAAAGAAGUUCCGUACAUGGGCUGAGCGACGGCAGUUCAACAGAGACAUGAAGAGGAAACAGGCAGAGUCAGAGAGACCUAUCCUGCCAGCCAACCAGAAACUCAUCACACUGUCAGUCCAAGAUGCACCCACUAAGAAAGAAUUUGUUAUAAACCCAAACGGAAAGUCUGAAGUUUGCAUCUUGCAUGAAUAUAUGCAACGUGUCCUAAAGGUUCGACCUGUUUACAACUUUUUUGAAUGUGAGAACCCAAGUGAACCCUUUGGAGCAUCAGUCAUUAUAGAUGGAGUAACUUAUGGCACAGGAACCGCAAGCAGUAAAAAACUUGCCAAGAAUAAAGCUGCUCGAGCCACACUGGAAAUCCUCAUCCCUGACUUUGUGAAGCAGACCUCGGAGGAGAAGCCUGUUGAGGGCGAUGAACUGGAGUAUUUUAAUCAUAUCAAUAUAGAGGACUCAAGGGUGUAUGAGCUGACCAACAAAGCAGGACUACUUUCGCCAUAUCAGAUUCUUCAUGAGUGCCUUAAAAGAAACCAUGGAAUGGGAGACACCAGCAUUAAAUUUGAGGUGAUCCCAGGGAAAAACCAGAAAAGUGAAUAUGUGAUGACAUGUGGGAAACACACUGUGCGUGGCUGGUGCAAGAACAAGAGGGUUGGCAAACAACUAGCAUCUCAGAAGAUCUUGCAGAUGCUUCAUCCCCACGUCAAGAACUGGGGCUCACUGCUGCGCAUGUAUGGGAGAGAGAGCAAUAAGAUGGUCAAGAAGGAGAACUCUGACAAGAGUGUGAUUGAGCUCCAGCAGUAUGCCAAAAAGAACAAGCCAAACCUUCAUAUCUUGAACAAACUGCAAGAAGAAAUGAAGAAACUAGCGAAACAGAGGGAGGAAACUAGGAAGAAACCCAAGAUGACCAUAAUGGAGUCUGCCCAGCCAGGGAGUGAACCCCUCUGCACUGUUGACGUUUAAGUCUCUGAAUCACUGAUGAACCACGGCACUGAAACUCCAGUCACUGUCACACAUCACACACCACCAUCCAUUUCUCAAUUAUGCAUCACUGAGAUCUAAUGGCAAUAUAGUCGCACAUUGACCAGGCUGAUAGAACUGCUUGCUUCCUUCGCCCAUGUUUUAUUGGUUCAGCCGGUAGAUGUAAGGGUAGAACUAAUGCACUAACAGACAGUAGAGCAAAUAUCGUCUACCUCUCUAGAUGCAUCCUCGCUAUGGCACUAGAAAAAAAAAGAUAAGAGAGAACCCAACUUGGUAACAUAUGAACCACAUCGAAAUAAAAAUGCAUGCUUCUUUGACAGCAAAAAACACUGCGCACAUUGGUUUUCUUUUGAAGUGUCGUUUUCAACAGUCACAAUCUAAGAGUGCCAGCACCUAUUAUUUUUGUUUGUGCUUAAAGUGUUUGAAAGGGACUACUAAAACUUGUGUAUUUAUACCAUUCAUUUAAUUGGGAAACAAAGUUACUUGUUUAUUGGGUAUUUUAAUGGUUAGUGUUAUGGAUUUUUUGGGUCGUUUUGUUUUUUUUCCACAGAAUGGACAGUUGCUGCCUUGGUUUGCACGAUAAAAACACAUUGUGAAGUGAUCACUAUUCAGAAAUAUUGUUAUGCACUCGUGUCCUGUCACAUAUUUUUGUUGACUGAUCAUGCUGUUGGUACAAGAGCCAACUGCUUUUGGGAAAUUUUUAGGGACUCGUUGCCUUUUUUUUUCUCUUCUGCUUUGGCAUUACAAGACACUGACGUGCUCCUCCCCAUGUCAACACUGCAGUAAACCCAAGUAAAGGGCCACAGAGUACUAUCAUGAGUUUAAGGUAAAGGAUUGUUUCUUUUAUUCAUAGUUCUUGCUAGCUUUUUAUUAAAGUACUAAUGCCAUGCACACCAACUAAUCACUUUCAGUAGCUCUUAAUUUUUGUUGCCCUCAAGAGAUCACGUCGGCUACAUGUUGCCUUAGUUAAUUCAUUUCAUGAAGGGCUUAGAGUAUGUACAAUACAUUGGACCUAAAACACCCUUCACCAGGAAGUGAAAAGACCAAGCCCCCUUUACUUGAUAAAGCAUUUAUUCGUUAGCCAGUUGGUGUUUUAAUGAAAACAGCCUGUGAAAGAUCAGUUACAUUGCCUACAGCAUGUGCAGAUUUUUAAGACUCGUCUUAAUGGAUCAUGUAUUUUGUGUACGUUUGCCAUCGUUGUGAGAGUUGAUCAUUUUCUGACCACAAGAAGAAAACAAUUUUUUUAAAGGCAGCCUUGCGAAAUGUAGUUGGUACACUGACAUGAACAAAAUAUUUUAGUUCAACACAAGCUGACGAAACUGUGUAUACCAAAGCUUACAUACAGUCUUAUGCAUUUUCUAGAAUAAUGUUGCUGCAAACUGUACAGUAGGAACAUCUGACACAGGACAAUACAUAGUCAUUACUUGCUGGAACAAAAUAGAAACUGCUGUGCAUUCUUUGUCAAGUAUUUGGCCUGUGAUUUUUCUACAAAACAUUCACAGACACGUCACAGUUUAAAGAAAAGGCUGUAGUUACGUAGAUUGCUUUAAGAAUGUGCUUUCCCCCUCUGUGCGUUUGUCAUCUUGCCAAGUGUGUGUUGGUGUGAGAAGAGAAAAAAAAAAUAUGCUUUUACAUGUGUUGCUGUUGAGUUGUACCAUUGAAUUGUUUUUGAGAUGUUGCUGCCUAGAAAAUGAAGUAUGUAUUGCAACCUGAUCUCCAUGACUUCAGUGAUAUUUGUUAUGCAAAAUAAAAUGUCUUGACUAAUGA